UCUGGCAUCGAGAGGCAUUUGAACACAGGACACCGAGUGGAUCACACGCACACGCUCCAACACGCGCACACACUUUAACCACGCGCACACCGGUGUGGAGUACCAGCGCUCGGAGCGGGACGGACUGCACCUGUCCGACACUCACUCUGUCUCUCCCCGCACACACGCACACACACGCGCGCGCGCACCGAGGAGCUGCCCGGUCGUCCCUAUGUGUGGAUGGGACCAAAGUUACACGGCGACCUCUCAUAGCUCGGCCAUGUUGACCAGUGAGGGGGCGCACGCCAUGGAGCAGGACGACCACGGAGCCAAGAUGGCCGCCACCGCCAGCAGCGGCAGGUCCGGCUCGGACGGGGUGGAGACGACGAUGACGGCUACGAUGACGGCGGCGCUGGCGGCAGACGCGGACGUGGAGAUGGAGGAGGCGGACAUGACCCGCUGGACGGAGGCGGAGUUUGAGGAGAAGUGCACGUACGUGGUCAAAGACACGCCGCGGGAGGCGGGGCCAGACGGCGGCGGCGCCACGACGACCACCGCCACCAGGGCCGAGGCGUCGCUGCCCCGGAACCUGGCCUUCAAACACCCGGCUGACAGCGAGGAGGUGGUCGGCGUGUGCAGCAGCGAGUACAUCCCCAAAGGAACUCGCUUCGGGCCCCUGGUGGGCGAGAUCUACACGGCCGACAGCGUCCCCAAAGACGCCAAUCGCAAAUAUUUCUGGAGGAUCUACGAGGACCAGGACUUCCACCACUUCGUGGACGGUCUGGACGAGACCCGGUCCAACUGGAUGCGCUACGUGAACCCGGCCCACUCGGCGGCCGAGCAGAACAUCGCGGCGUGCCAGAACGGCGUGGAGAUCUACUUCUACACGGUGAAGCCCGUCCCCGCCGGCGCCGAGCUGCUCGUGUGGUACUGCCACGACUUCGCCCGGCGCCUCCACUACCCGCCGUCCGGAGAGCUGAUGAUGGCGAAGCUCAAGCAGUCUCUCCUGGAGGUCAAGCAGCAGCAGGUGAGCAGCGAGGAGCUCAGGCUGGAGGCCUGCAGCCCGUCUCCCGCGGCGAUGGCGCCCACGCCGCCCAAGAGGGAACACAGCGUCCUCUCCAUCCUCCGCGGCACCACCUCCUCCACCUCCUCCGUGAAGAGGGAGCCCAGCCGGCCGCUCCCCACCCGCCCGCGCUGCGCCGACAGCCCCGAGCGCCCCCUGUACCCCCGCGCCCUCUACCCGGCUCUCAGGCCCCACCCUCACGUCCCCGAAGACUUCCUCGGCCACAAGCCCGGCCAGCUGGGCUACCCCGCCACCCGCUCCCCCGGCAGCCACUCCUCAGCCACACCCAGCCCGUCGGCGAGGAGCAGCCCGGACAGCAGCCCCCAGGGGAGCCCCUCGGGUCCGGCUUCUUUCUACCCAGCCGGACUGGGCUCUUACCCCGGUUACUCCCCGCCAUUCACCCCCCUCUCCUCGUCCUUCUACCCCCCGGGCGCCCCUUAUUCACGCUACCUCCUUCCCCAUCACUACCCUCUCCCCGGCGGCGUCCCCACCAUAGGAGGAAUCUUUCCCCGGAUGUACAGCGGCCUCCUGCCCCCUCACGUGCCCCUCCUGCCAUCCGACGCGGCCGGCAGGCGCUUCCUGAUGCCCGACCACGUCCACCCCACCUCCAUCUCCGCCCACAGAGAUUUCCUCCUCCCCAGGCCCACCAGCGCCUUCCAGGCGGCCACCUCCCUGAAGGACAAAGCGGCACCUCACCACCCGUACUCGGGGCACCCGCACAGACCUGCCCACGCGCCCUGCGGCGGCUCCCCUCCGGCGGGCACGGCACCCCCCAACGAGCGGAUGCCCACCAAGCCCACCUCGGCCCUGCUGGGCAACAGCAGCGACCCUUGCUCCGACGAGGAGGCCGUCAACCUGAGCAAGGUGAAGCGCGGCCCGGGCUCGGCGGGCUACAAGGCGCUGCCGUACCCGCUGAAGAAGCAGAACGGCAAGAUCAAGUACGAGUGCAACGUGUGCAGCAAGACCUUCGGCCAGCUGUCCAACCUGAAGGUUCAUCUGCGAGUCCACAGCGGAGAGAGACCCUUCAAGUGUCAGACCUGCAACAAAGGCUUCACCCAGCUGGCUCACCUGCAGAAACACUUCCUGGUCCACACCGGGGAGAAGCCCCACGAAUGCCAGGUUUGUCACAAGCGCUUCAGCAGCACCAGCAACCUGAAGACUCACCUGCGCCUCCACUCGGGGGAGAAGCCGUACCACUGCAAGCUCUGCCCGGCCAAGUUCACCCAGUUCGUCCACCUCAAGCUCCACAAGCGCCUGCACUCCCGCGAGCGCCCCCACAAGUGCGCCCACUGCCACCGCCACUACAUCCACCUGUGCAGCCUGCGGCUCCACCUGAAGGGCUACUGCCCGGCGGUGUCCGACCCGGCCGCCUCGGAGGAGCUGCAGCGCGCCAACGAGGAGAUCGAGCGCUUCGACGUCAGCGAGCACGCCGAGCAGCUGGAGCAGCUGCAGGGCGGCGCGGAGGUGGAGGCCGUGUUGGAGAAGCAGGUCCUGGGUCUGCUGUGGAGGGAGCCGGACCUCAAGGCCUCCCACUUCCACCCGCGCCACAAGGGCUCCGCCGAGCUCCUGUCCGCGGGCUACGCCGCGUCGUACGAGUCCCCGAACGAGACGUCGGUCAUCAAGAUGCGGCGCGCCGGCUCCGUCCUGUCGCUGCCCGCCAACGUCACCGUGAAGCAGGAGUCGGAGGACCGCGCGUGAGCGGCCGGUUAAAAAAAAUGUAAAAAAAACCCGACGGGACAAAAAGAGUCGAGACUUGCGCGACUCGCCGGGCGGACCUGGUUGCCGGGAGCAACGGCUGUACAUAAAUAAUUCUCCACCCGGUGGUGUUCAGGAGUGACGUCAUUGAAUCACACCGGGGGGGGGGGGUUCUUUUUUUUUUUCAACCUAUCAGGGACUCGCGUACUCAGGGCUCAAGAGACACCGUCCCACGACUACUUAGCGGUUUAUUAUACUUAGAGACAAUCAUCUACCCGGGAUUUACCUUUUUGAUGUAAUUAAUAUAAUGCUAUUAUCAUUAUUGUUGCUGUAUUAUUUGGUCUCUAUUUUUUCAAAUGUUUUUUUUUUUGUUGGUUCAAUUAGUUUUGUUAUAACCUCCUUAAUUUAUUACACUUUUUAUUUGUUGUCUUCAAAAGCAAUAAGUGGAAGGGUUGGUUACACUGACGGGGUGAAAUCAACGGAAGAGACUAUUUUUCUGUUGACGUUUGUUUUUAGUUGUUUUGUUUUUUUCUCUGUGGCCAUUUUCUCUGUAGAUAGUCACCUCCUGUCUGCCUGCAUCCGUCCGUCCUGCGACCUCUGACCUAUAGAACCAGGGACGUCCACUCUUCAGGGUUUUUUGUUGUUGUUGUUUCUAUUUAAAUGUAGAAACCAAUAUAGCAGGUUUAAAAAAAAAAUGAAAAAUGAAAAAAAAAGGGUUGAAAAACUUGCCAGAGCGGCACAUAAAUUCAUUAAUUUAGCGAGAAGAAUUUUAUUCGACGGCUUUCCCCCAAAAAAGUACGUCUGUGUCCUUUUUUCCUGAUGCCUGAACUUAAUUUAAUUUGAAACAAAAAAGGGCUUUUUUUUUUGUGUGUGUGUAUAUUUUUCACAACGGUUACCUCAGUGUGCAUGUGACGAGAUGAGUGUGUGUGUGUGUGUGUGUGUGUGUGUGUGUGUGUUUUAAAGGGACAGCUAAAGGUGGGAGCUUUCUAUUUAUUUGCGUUUUCCUACUUGAAGAAAAAGAAGAAGAAGAAAAAGAAGAAGAAACCAAAACUGAACUGAACUGGAGUGCAGCUCUUCAUGUGGUCCAAGAGGAGCCGGCUCAGACAUGUAGCACAUACUGGACUCUGGAGGCCGCCCCCCCCCCUCCUCCUCGUCACUCCUUUUUUGUCUUUAUUUUUCUACGACACUGUCAAACGCCCGACGGGGAGGUGAACACCCUUUUUUUUCUUCUUCAUUUAGGGGUUCACGCUCGACGCUAGUAACCAAAGUUCACGUGGCUUUAAUCUUCACACAAAAAGGAAAGAAAGAAAAAAGGCGGAUUUGGAUUUGAGGAAUCGAGAGAGAGCGCCGAAGAAGGGAAGACGUGCGUGUUUAUGUUUGCCCUUUCUGUCGAUUGUUUUGUUGUUGUUGUCGUUUGUUAAUAUUUCCGGUUGAGAAGCAACGGCCCCCUUCUUCAACC